CCGCCGCCGACGUCAAAGAUCUCUCGUUCAGUCCGACAAACGCGAUCGGUACGAUAGCACGGCGCCAAUCGAGUUACAACAGAAAACCGUAAUAAAAAAAAAAAUAUUCAACAAACGCGACACGGGAGAAACGAGUAAUACCUAAUAUUAACGACUCGAGCCGAGCGACAAAAAGUUUUCGAGUGGAAAUAGUGCAGAAAUUUCCGUAAAUUUGAAUAUAAAAAAAAAAAGAAAAGAUUUUCACAAAUCGUUGUCGAUCGGUGUAUAAGUCGUCGUUUGCCCGUCGUCCAGUGAUUGUAUUUUGUUUUUUUUUUAAACGAGUAUUCCAAGUGCGAUCGAUAUAAAAAAAAAAAAUUUUAAAUUACAAUUAAAUAUUUAUUUAUUUAUUGUGAAUAAAUUGUUUUUUUUUUUUUCUGUUCGUACGUUAUUAUUAUCACAAUAAUAAUAAUAAUAUCGAACGGGGCACGCUGACACAGACGGAGUUGUCCGAAACCAAAAAAAACGGUCUGUAACAAAGUGAUCACCACGUGUUCGUUUGCGUGCGCGUGUGCGGACAAGUAUUGAAAAGGAAAAAGAAACCCUAUCGAAAUGACAAACUCGUUGUUCAACUGCGGAGAAACUGUGGCCAAGACACAAAAUCGACCACGCGCCGUGACCACAGAAGCGGACCACUGGUGGCAAGAGAUGGUGUCUUCGUCGAGCAGCAACGGUGGCAGUAACCAAGGGUCGGUGUCUUCGGAACCGAGACGCGGCAGACAGGGACAGGGACGUCGUGGCGGCAACGGUAACGGAUCAUCCGGCAAACACAACAACAACAGCAGCAGCAGCAGCAGUAACAACGGCAGCGAAAGCAAUCAGCAACAAUUGCCGCCGCAGCCGCCGAUGGGAUCCCGGUACAAGACGGAAAUGUGCAGGCAGUACAUCGAGAAGAUCAAGUGCGCGUACGGUGACAAGUGCCAGUUCGCGCACGGCGAACAGGACUUGCGUCCCGUGUUCCGGCAUCCCAAGUACAAGACCGAACCGUGCCGGUCGUUCAACUCGGCCGGUUACUGUCCGUACGGCCAGCGGUGCCAUUUCGUGCACAAGGGCGACGGUUACAUACAGCCACCGCCCGCGUCCCCGCCGUUGUCCACGUCGUCCGGUAUCGGCAGCGACGGUUCUCUGGCCGAUCUCGGCGGUCUCGGCGGCAUGCUUGACGUGUUCACGCCGCCGCAGUCGCCCGAGGGACGGCUGCCGGUGUUCAACAGACUGUCCGGCUCGCCGACCGGCACGCCCGACGUGUUCGCCUUCCACACGGCCACCGUGGCCGCGAACCAGACGUCUCUGUCGCCGUCCAGGCGUCUCAGCGAACCCGAUUUCGGUUUUUACGGUUUCUGAAUAAAAAAAGAAAAAAAGAACGUUGACCGACGACGACGUUAAGCGCGCCGCCGCUGCCUUAUCGCCUUAACUUUGUUCUUUUUUUUUUUUUUGAUACCAAACGUGAUAAAAACAGUCUUGUACAUAGUUUAAAUUAUAUUUUUCGUUAAAUAUUUUAGUAUUUUUUUUUUUUUUUAAUUUACAAUUCAAUUACGCGUUCGUUUUACAGACAAUUCUGAUGUUCCGAAUUUUUAUACUAUACUACUACUACUACUAUACUACUACUACUACUAUUUACCUACUACCUAAUGAUUAUAAAAUAAUAUCGCAUUCCUAAAAAAAAAAAAAAAAAAAUCAAUCUACCAACAAAUUAAAAUAACUUAAUUUCGAUUUAUUAGUUGUUCACUAAUUAUUAUCUAUUAUUAUUAUUACAAUUAUACUCGUAGAUUAUGCGUUUUUUUUUUUUUUUUUUUUUUAGGAUUAGUUCGAUCCGCGUUAACCUUAUACUACGAUUGGCGAUAGCAGGUACAAAUGUGUUUUGUUUUUGAUUGUGCGAUCCGGAUACGAACGUGGGAAACCGAAACGACCCAAGUCGGACUGGUGCGUUCUUUCUUUCUAGAUUUGGCGACGGGUUUGUCCGCGUAGUCGACCGUAGAUAGUUUACAUUUGCACCGUACGCUAUAUAUAUAUAUAUACGUCGGCCUACGCGUCGGGAACAUUCUUGGGUUUGUGUACAAAGAAGUGUGUAAGAAAAUUCGACGCCACGAGUGUGGUGUUGUGUGGAUGCGGACGACGGCGGCGGUGGUGACGAGAACAUUACUGGCCGGAAAUCGCGUUUUUCCGGAACUGUAAUAUGAUUUAGUCGCCACCGCCGCCGCCGGGCGCACCCCUCCCCCCAAAAUCGCACUCCGUCGGGCCCCCUCGUUAGACUUAAUUUUUUUGCUCUCAUCCGAUUGUCCCUCGACCCGUCCCCGUAUGCGCAUCCUUUAUAUCCAAAUUUUUCCCAUAAAUCGAUCGUGUCCAAGCGCCGCGUUCGUAUACGGCAUCGCUCUAGAAAACCAAUUCACAAUCGCCAAUCCUUAAAAUAUUAUUAUUAUUAUUUCAACAAACAGACUUCAAUGUUAUUAUUAUUAUUAUUAUUAUUAUUAUUAUAUUAUUAUAUUGGUUCAUAUAAAUACCCCUAUACAUAACCUAACUAAAUAUUAUAUUUUGUUUUAUUAUUAUUAUUAUUAUUAUUAUAUACACACUGACCGACUCUUUACCACUAUUUAUAAAUACUGUGUAAUACUUAAAUUAAAUUUUCGUGUAUUUAUAUUAAUAUUAUUAUAUUAUUCUAUUUUGAGUAGCGUUUAUAUAUAUUAAAAAAAAAAACAAAGUACUACCUUAUUUUGUUCGAACCCCCCCCCCAGGCCUAGCCAGGAAUGGGCGGAGAAAACGAACGACCCUGUAUGCCGUGUGUAUUCUAAAACAAUUAUUAUUAAUAUUUUUAUUACGUAAAAAGUAAACAAAAAAUAAAAACAACUGUUAUUUAAAAAAUCGAAAAACCGACGUCUAAAUAAUAAAUAUAUUCUAAAAUUAAAUCGCGUAUGCGCGUCAUACGAUCCGGUUUACAUACAAGUAUUUAAAUUGGCUCGUAAAAUCGUCACCCUGUAGAAAAUUAUCUGUUGCCGUAUGUACAAUGUACAUACACAGUUUGCCCACUCUCGCGUUGCCCCUCCUCCCUACCCCACACACAGUACAAUAUUCAUAUUGUAAACGAUUAAGAAGUUAAUAUCGCUCGUUUGAUUUAAUAAGAGAGUAGUAAAAAAAAAAAAAAAAACCAGAAAAACAAAAACUCAAUUAGAAUUAAUUUAAACCGUGUAACGCACAACACGCGUUAAGUGUCUCUUUAUCUCGUUUUGUUGUGUAUAUUAUUUCGUCGCAUCCACGGUUUGGUGUCGCGUACGUUUUAUUUAUCUUUUUUUAUUAUUAUUAUUUAAAUAUUAAUUCUUGUAUUUAGUCGUGUAAGUGUGUGUGUGUUUUUUUUUGUCUUAAGCUCUCAACGUAUAUAUUUAUAUAAUAAUACAUAUUUGUAUAAGAUUAUUUUUUAAAUCGUAAUUUAUUAAUUUAUUAUAUUUUUUUUUUUGUCGGAACGCCGUGUGCCAAACGCGUUUCCUUUUGUACUUUUUAAUAUUUUUUAAAGGAAUAAAAAUAUACGUUUCUUUUUUUUC